UUUGACAUUACUCUGAUGAUAUGCCUGAUCCGAAAUUUUACAGACUUACAGAUCAGCAAUAAACUUCCCUUUAGUACACAAAUCAAUGUUGGUGACGAUUUAUCCAGAAUACAUCAUUAUAGAAAUGAAAUUGCCCACACGAACAGUUUUAUCAUUGAAGAUAAUGAUUUCAAUAAUUACUGGGAAGAUAUAGCACAGGCUGUGCAACGACUUGGUGGUAGCUCAUUCAGUGGGGAAAUUAUUGCAUUGAAAGAAAUGCCGAUUUCUGAAUCAGAAAAAGCAGAAUAUCUCCAAUUUAUUCGUAUACAAAAUAGACUUACAGAUGUAGAAGAAAAGCUAGUAGAGGUAACAGACAAAUUGAGCUUAAUUGAAGCACAACAGAAUGACCCUUUACCAAAACAUAUUAGGGAUUUGUUUGAGAAGGAAAUAGAAAAUUGGAAGAAGGAUGACGAAAAAUUCUUUGAAACGACAGCUUCCAGGAAAAUAUUAGAUGUUGUUAAAAAAAACACUUUCACAAUUAUAUCAGGUAACUCUGGAAUGGGCAAAACAGCUAUUGCACAUCAUGUUGCAUUACAUUUGCAAGAGCAUGAAGGUUACCAGAUCUUGCCGAUCUCGGAUCCAAAUGAUAUUGACAAGUAUUAUUCAAAAGAGAAUAUUCAAAUUUUAGUCAUUGAUGAUCUUUGCGGAAUAUAUUCUGUAGACCAAUAUUUGAUAAAUCUCUGGGACAGAGUUUCCAAUAAGAUAAGAAUAUUUAUAAAGGACAAUGAGCACUUUCGAAUCUUGGUUACAUGUAGAUUGCAGAUUACCAAAAAUCCACAGUUUGAAAGAUUAUCAACAAAAUUGAUAUUGAAAGAAUGCAGUUUACUAUCGAAAGAUUUUGCUAGCACUUAUGUUGAAUCACAAAAAAUUGCCACGUUCCAUAUGAACCAAGAGCAUAUUGAUAAACUAAGCAGGGGUAUCAUAAAUGGUCUAGACAUGUUUCCAUUUCUUUGUGGUAUGUUUGGUAAGUCUGAAAACAAAGACUUUAGAAUGUUCGAAUGUCCAAUUCAAUAUUUCAAAGAACAGUUUGAUCAGAUGCAGUAUCAAAAUGAGGGAUGUUUCUUGGGACUAGCGUUGUUAGUUAUAUAUAAUGACAGAAUCAACACAAAUGUUUUUCAAGAUGAAAAUACUGACACCGAAUUCAACAAGAUAUUUGAAGAAGUCUUUGAAUGUUUAGGCCUAUCAAAUCGUCCUUCCAAAUUACAUGUCCUUGCCAGUUUAAACACCCUGAUUGACACUUAUACAAUACGUUCUUUUUAUGACUCAACAAUUAUAACGAGCAAGCAUGGCAAAAUUUUUGAGUUACUUGCCCUAUAUUUUGGGAAGAAAAUGACGAAUGUUGUUAUGAAAUAUGCGUCUCCAGGGUUUAUUGCAAGUAGGAUACAGUUUGAAUCAAUACAUGAAGAACACGAUGAUUUUACCAUUAUGAUACCCCUGAGCUCGGAUCACUUGUACUUCAGUCGUAUGAUAAUGGAGAUAAACAGAAAGAAUUUUCACUACGUAUUUGGGAACAAACAAUCUCAUUUUAAAUCAUAUCAAGAGAAAUUCAUAAUUUUUUUCUCUAGAAAGGAAGACAUCAUGAAAAUAAUGCUACAAAACAAAUGGCCUCUUUAUCUCUCAUCAUUAUAUGGAUGUUGUAUUCUUAUACAGUUUUUGCUGGAACGAAAAGCAUCAGAUUUACAUCCAAAUACAGGAGUUACAACUACAAACACGACUAAUUUUUGCGAUGAAAGCAGUUUUGAAAUAUCAACGGAAGACAUGUUCAUUGACUUUGACUACCGUGUAUGGAAUGAUUGUCGGAUCAAACAAAACAAUGCCCCCUUAGUAGCAGCUUGUGAAGAAGGUUAUUUUGAGAUAGUUCAAACUCUUGUCAAAUAUGGAUAUGAUAUUGAUUUUGUCAAUGCGAAUCUCAAAUCUCCCUUAAUGACUGCAUGUUACUACGAGCAUACAGAUAUCGUUAAAUAUUUACUUGACUGUAACUGUAAAGUUGAUUUAGAGGAUAAUGGAGGGCAGACUGCCCUACAUGUUGCUUGUAGCGAGGGAAACAUAGAAAUUGUUUCAUUAUUAUUGGAAAGAGGGUGUAAGAUUAACAAAUUAGACUUACUUAAACAAACUCCUUUAAUACUUGCUUGCAAAUAUGCUAAUCUUGAUGUUGUAAAAAUUCUUCUGAAAUAUGAUUGUGAAAUUAAUGCAUGUGAUAAGUUUAGUGUAAUUCGUCUGAAUGAAGCUGUUAAAACUGGUCAUAAAGAUAUAAUGAAAGUAACGAUCACAGCAAAAUGUGACGUAAAUAUCACUGAUAACAAUGGCAGAACAGCACUGCAUGAAGCCUGCUUUAAAGAAGUUGUAGAUGACGAGGAUGAACCUUGGUCUGAUGAAGAUGAAAAAGAUGACAUACUGUCGAAUAAUAAUGUAGUCAAACAUUACAUAGAUACAACAAAGGAUGAAUGUUCAGAUUGCAAUGAACUGAUUCGGAAAGGAAUUGUUGAACUUUUGUUACAAAAUAAUGUAAACAUAGCUAUUGCUGAUUGGGAAGGUUUUACUGCACUACACAGGGCAGCUGAAAGUGGUUAUCCAACUAUAGUUGAUAUUUUGUUGAACGAAAUGAUUGAAACGAAUCAAAAGUCAUCAUUAAGUGCAGAGAGUCCAAUUUGUCUGCAUGAACAAAUCACCAAUUCCACCAAUUUUUGUCUCAGGUAGUAGGAGUGUUGUGCAUGUGUUUCUACAACAUAACUACAACAUAAAUAUUAAAGAUGCUAACGGUCGAAAUGCAUUGCAUUAUGCUAGUGAACAUAGUAUUUUAGAGGUUGUUGAAUUCUUGCAUGCCCAUGAUUGCAAUAUAAAUGCUGUAGAUGUGUUUGGAAAAAGUGUUCUACAUGCGGCAUGUAGAGGAGGGAAUGUGCAUAUUAUAGAAUAUUUCCUAAAGAGAGGAUGUGACAUUGACCAUGUUGACAAUGAAGGCGAAACACCUUAUUUUGGAGCUUUUAGACAAAGAGAUAUAGAGGUUAUAGAUAUACUAACGAAGUAUAACUGUGAUGUUAAUGUAAAGAAUAAAAGAGGCCAGAAUGCUCUUGAAAGCAGGCCACGGUGGAGAGUUUUAAUUUUGUAAAGAUGAUAAAGUAAAUAAAUCUCACAGGUCACCAAUGCGUAUUCUCUGUGGCAAUGAGUUUUAUUCAUUUAUUGAUAAGAAUUGUGACACAGUAUCAGAGGCACUACUGGACGUAUUAUCUUUGGAAUUUGUAAAUAGAAAUUUAGCUCUAUGGUUGAAAUUCUUUACAUAAGGCUACAAAGUAAAAAAGAAAAAUAUAUUUUAUUGCAAUGGUUUUAGAAACAAUAUUUGUUUUUCAAUAAAAAAAAAAAAUUUAGGAAGAUUUAGCAUACAAAUAAACAUUUAUAUGAGAAAUAAAGAAGUCUGAUCGUUCCGUUACA